AUGAACUUCCGCAGAAAAAGGAGUUUAAGUUCAGGUAGCAUCUACAAAAGUAGUGCGUCCAGUGUUCCCGUUUUCGUCCACACCCCGUAUAACAGCAAUAGCGCGCUGGGCGACGGAGCUGGGCGCCGGGCGCCGGACCGGAGCGGGGCGGGCGGCCGGCCGCGGAGGGCGGGCGGGAGGGUCCCGGCGCGGAAGGGGGCUCGAAGGGGGAGCACGGUGCCGAGGCUGGUGCCUGGCCGCGUCUCCCCAGGGCAGCCCCGGUUUCGUCCCGGCGGGGGCCGCUCGGAGACAGCAUCUGUCAACGCUCGCCCCUCCUCUCUCCUCCUCCGGCCGGGCCGGACUCCGCCGGCGGGGGACGCGGAGCCGGCGUGGCGCGCCCAUCAGCUGUCAGGCGAGUGGCGGAGCGGCCGAGGGCGGCGAGCGCCACACAAAGAACGCGGUGAGCGGCGCGGCGAAAAGGGGCGGCAAUUUCGGGACGGCUACUCCCGGCCGCGCCCGCCGGUGCCGCCGGUCCGAGGCCGCGGAGACAAUGCGGCCGAGCUCACAUGCCGGCGCCCGCGCUCCCCCGGCCCCUGCUGGACGGUGCCCGGCUCGCCCAGCCCCCUCCUGGCCCGCCGGCCCCCGCCCGGCAGAGGGGCGCCCCCUCGCUUUCGCGGCCGGCGAAGGAAGUCGGUCCCGGCCGCCGAGCCCGGCAACUUGCGAGCCGGGAAAAGUUUGCGGAGCCUCCGCGGGGCGGCGUGGCGCGGCCCCCGCCCCUGGCGUCCACGGUCCCGGCCGGCCGGUGACUUUCUGGGAUCGUCGUCCGCCCGGGCCGCUGCGCGGACCACGGGGACUGCGGGGAGGCCGGAGUCCGCCCGAGGGCUCUGCGCCCCGGGCCUGCGGCCUUGGAGAGUUGCUAUAGAAGAGGGACAAGAGAGGAAGACAAUGCUGGAGGAGAUAAGUAGCUCUGGACACAGACCAGUUCUAUGCAUGUUUUCUACAGAAGGAAGCAGAGACUACUUGUGUUUCUUGCCUUAAAGGUGGGUUUUCUGAAGGAAGGGAUAGGGGCCAAAUGCCAAUACUAUUGAUACAGUUUGCCUGGAACCUUGGCCUCCAGAAAGAUGGUGGAUGGAAAGAUGCAGAACAGAGCCUGGACACUGGGUUCUGUGCUGACAUGAAACACUUCCAUUCCUAGGAUGUCAAUGCAGCAUUCAGAGACCAGAGGGAAUGGAGGUUAGAUGAAUGUGCAGGAAAAGAGAGGUGGAACCAUAGGACGAAGCAUCAUUCUCUAGUAGGUAAGAUCACUUACAUGCACCUUUGCAUUUUCAUGACCAAAGGACAGACCUAGUAUAAAUAAAUAAAUCAACAAAAACAGUAAUGAUAACUUCCUCCAGCUGCUGAUUAGUGCCUAAAUCUCACCAUUCAAGUAUGAAAUACUCUGAUAUCCUAAAAUCUGGAGAAUUUAGGUAUAUGAAAGGAGGGAGGUGGGGGAGCAUGAGCACUGUAAUAAUUUAAGCUGUUCUUAAUUAUGCAGAGUUUAGGAAAAUAAACUGAUUAUAGAAUCAGCUUGAGGCCUGAUGCACGAAAUUCGUGCGUGGAUACGCUCCCUAGGCCUGGCCUGUGAUCAGGGCCAUCUUCCCUAGCAGCCGGCCCUGCCCCCCGCCGCCAUCCACCCCUUUGGCAAUGGAAGCCUG